AUGGCGGCUCCGCCAACGUGCAGCGUCGGCAUCGCCGGUGCCGGCCAGACCGCCAACGUGGACUGCUCCCUGGCCGCCAAGGACGAGAAGAUCGCGAAGAUCUGCGCCAACCUCGGGCAGGGGCAGGCCGAGGCAACCACCAAGGGUGGGGGCGCAGGAGCCGCCGCAGGCGGCCAGGCCGGCGCCCAGGGGGCGGGUGCCGCCGCCGGCGCGGGCGCCGGCGCGGCCGCUUACAGCGGCGUGAGCUGGGACGCGGCGCCCAACUGCACCGCCGACGCGUCCAAGGCUGAGACCAAGGUCGUGUACGACUCCCUCGGCCGCCCCUGGGGCUUUGAGGACAACCGCAGCUGCGCGUUCAGGAACGCCCCCCUCAAGCCCCCCACCGCUUCUGCUGCCGGCGCCGGCGAGGCAGGCGUUGGCGGCGCCGGCGGCGCGGCCGGCGCCGGUGGUGGCGGCCAGGGCGCCGCCAAAGGCGAGGCCGCUGCCGGUGCCGGUGCCAAGGCCGGCGCUGAAGCCGGCGCCAAGUCUGGGGCCGCGGCCGGUGCGCAAGCCGGCGCGCAGGCCGGCGCCGAGGCGGGCAAGCAGGCCGCCGCUCAGGCCACUGCUACUGCUCAGGCCCAGUCUGGCCGCAAGUGA